AUGAUUGCUGCUCUGAACGAUGUGAAGUCUAAACUGGAGAGCAAAGGUAGCACAGCAGGUAACAACAACUCCCACAGCGAGUGCUACACUGAGACGUGCCAUGCAACGUUGGGAGACUGCUAUGACUGGCAGCACAAGCCUCACCUCUCUGUUUCUUUCUCACUCAUCCAGUCAGGCUUACAGCUAGACUGUGCUGCAUGGGGAUCAUAUCACUCCCGGUGCUACCUGUUCUCCCGUGACACCCUGAAUUGGCACCAGGCACGAGAUUACUGCAGGAGCCAGAAAGCCAUGCUGGUCAAACUGGAAACGGAGGAGGAAUGGGAAUUUGUAAGUGGAAAAACUAUGAUGCAGAAUUACUGGGUGGGUCUCACAGAUGAAAUCACAGGCCAGUGGAGAUGGGAUGAUGGAACAACUUUCCCUGUCAUUGAACCUCAUUGGAGCCCUGGCCAGCCAGAUGACUGGAAGGAGCACGGUCUUGGAGAAGGAGAGGAUUGUGGACAUUUUGGAUGGGAUCUGAAGCUAAAUGACAACCACUGCUCUGUUAAAAUGAAGUGUAUCUGCUUUGCAUAAAUUAAGCAGCUCUGAAAAGACCAAUGAGUGGGAGUUCAUGGACACCAAAUAUUAAACAAUAUUUUUGCAGAUCAUAGUGAGUAUAGUAUA